GUGAUCCAGUCAGUGAUAAAGGAACGUAGUACAGUGAACUGAUGUUGGUGCUCGGCUCAGUGCAGUGCCGUGCCAAGUGGAUUCUACGUCGACCAGUCUAAAUUCCUCGGAUUCCUUUCACGGAACUCGGCGAUAUGAUCUUGACGCCGGACAGCAGCGCGCAGGCAGCCGCGAUGGCAACGUCACCGGAAUCGCCGAUUUCAAGCGUGUCGUCGCAUGGCUCGCGAGCGUCCAGCGUCUCGCGCAUGUCCUGCGUCUCUCAGGGCAUGUCCAGUCCUUAUCACGUGGCUCAGUUACCGCAUCACCUCAGCCCGAAUAUGCCUACCAUGGACUCGACCGUUUCGUCCGCGAAACCCGAGCCUGAAUUAAACAUAG